CUGCUAUGUGUUGAACGGACAUUCUCAAUAUAGAUUAACUGCAAAAUAGAAAUUGUGCUCAAGUUUGUAAUUUCAACAGUAACCCACACAUUGGCAAACUCAAUACUGUUUAUUGUAAUGUAUACCGAAAUAUUUCGUUAUUUUCUCUUCAGGCGAAACAAAAGAUGACCAUAUGUUCAUGUGAAGGACCCCGCUCUCAAGAGAAGUCUGGAGGAUCUUGUUAUGUUUUGUGGAAGCUGCUGAACUUCCCUUAUUUAGCGAGUAAUUGUGAAUAAAAAUAUCUAUUAAAAUGUCUUCAGAGGAGUUCGAAAAGCUGCACGAGAUGUAUAAACAUAUUUACAAUGACCUGAAGUCGAUGCCGGAGAUAGCAGCAAAAUGUCGCGGAGAGGAAAAGAAGAGAGUCGUCAGAGAGUUUGAUGAAAAAAGCGGAGAAGCAGAGGAAGUGCUCAAAGGAAUGGAUGAAGAGUUGCUCUUGGCCCCGUCCUCCUUCCGUAACCCGAUGUCCACUAAGAUGCGCAUGUACAGGAGGGACUUGGGCAAGCUGCAGAGGGACAUGAAGAGCACUGACCUGGGCCUGGGGUUCGGGGCUCGGGGGGAGUCCAGAUACAGCACCUACACUGCCGAGAACGAGCGCAGCACACAGCUGCAGUCCCAGCGAGCUCUGAUCCUCCAGGGCACAGAGUCCCUGAGCCGAGCCACACAGAGUAUAGAGCGCUCACAUCGCAUAGCAGCCGAGACCGACCAGAUCGGCACAGACAUCAUCGAGGAGCUGGGGGAGCAGAGGGAGCAGCUGGACCGCACCCGAGACAGACUUGUAAAUACUGGUGAAAACCUCAGUCGGAGCCGAAGGGUCCUGCGCUCCAUGUCCAGGAGACUCAUGACAAACAAGCUACUGCUGUCUGUUAUCAUCAUCAUGGAGCUGGCCAUCUUGGGAGCAGUUGUGUACCUCAAGUUCUUCCGGAAGUGACAUCAUUUUUAGAGACUUUCCUUCCUGUGUGACAAAUCUGUGGACCUUGGAAGUAGCCAGGGAGAGUUUCUGAGCUAAAUCUGGGACCAAAGUCUGUUUAGGAGCACAGGCACAUUUGGAAGGAGCAUCUUAUGGUUUUUUGCAAACAGUUGGAAUCAUCAUGGAAGAUUUCAAACUGUAUUUUCAAACUGGAACUGAAGCAACUUUGUGCAAAAUGUAUGCUUGAAUCUUGGCAAUUCAACUCUUAAUCUUCGGCACCAGUGACAGACAUUAACUGCAGUGUCAUUGUGCUCCAUUUCAGAUCAGUGAAGACUUGUAUGGUUUUCUGUAACUGCUGUAUUUGCUGACAAAAGCGAUAGAUUCACUACUGAGAGCCAAAAGGUUGUUUAUAUCAUGAAUGUGCAUAUUGUCCUUAUUGAUAACAUAGUCUACAGAAAUAGUGAACUUGAUUAAAUGCAGUCUUGGAUUUAAAAAAAAAAAGUGUUUAUUUAGUGUGUCCAAUUAUUAUUUUACCCGAUUUUCUCCCAGUUUGGAAUUGUUUCCCCCCACAGCUCUGAAGACCUGAAGGUUCAGUGGGCAUCCUCUGAUCCCACGACCAAGCCAGCUUUCUUUUUCACCCAUUUACUCGAGAGCGGAUGUCUCUGAGCUACCGUCCUCUGGAGGGCAAAGGCCAGCCCUGCAGCUCACUAGGCGUCUGUCCAGCAGGGUUCACUGUAGAGCGAUAAGGAGGAAGUCCCUCCCGAUUUUGCUUCCCUAACCUACAGUAGUGCCAGAGCCAAUGUGACGAAGACUGGCCUACUUAGCACAGCCAGGACACGAACUUGCAUCGACUCGCCUUGCUGCUGGGCUUUUACCAGGUAUAAAAACUUUUGGUGUCCCUAGCACACUUUAAAUGCCAAGUCCCUUAAAGUGGGGUUUCCAAACUGGUGGCCUGGAAAUGAUUUCGGGGGCUGCAGCAUAUACAGAAAUAACUCUUAAAUCACCCACCUAACAAAGCAAUGUUCACCAGGCCGGAGAAGCGUUGAUUUACAUUAGGAGCUUAUUUCAAUUCUAACUUCUACAUUCCUCAUUUCCAGUGCCACUGUGAACAAGUACCAUUACACAACACAAGGCAAGCAAAAUGUCACGUAUCUGUGGAUUCAUUGAGUAGGUCCUCAGUCAGGAUGCCUAGUUUGGUGAGACCAAGAAAAUUGUGAAACCUCAGGCGUGUAUCGCAGGCAUGCUGGAAGAGCUGGGGUAGGUGGGUGUAUAUCGCAGGCACGCUGGAGUAGCUGGGAUAGGUGGGUGUGUAUCGCUGGCACGCUGGAAUAGCUGGGUGUGUAUCGCAGGCACGUGGAAUAGCUGGGGUAGGUGGGCGUGUAUCGCUGGCAUGCUGGAAUAGCUGGGGUAGGUGGGUGUGUAUCGCUGGGGUAGGUGGGAGCGUAUCGCAGGCACGCUGGGGUAGGUGGGUGUGUAUCGCAGGAACGCUGGGGUAGGUGGGUGUGCAUUGCAGGCACGAUGGGGUGGAGAGGUGUGUAUUUCAGGCACGCUGGGGUAGGUGGGCGUGUAUCACAGACACGAUGGGGUAGGUAGGUGUGUAUCGCAGGCAGGCUGGAAUUACUUCUCCGUCAGAGAAUAUACACAACAGCAGCAGAUUUUUUGCAUAGUUUAACUGAAGUGUAAAUAUUGAAUUACAGCCUUAAUCAAUUCCCCUUUUCACACAUUUAACCCAGUGAACUAGCAGAUGGAAUAAUUUGUCACGUAUGACUGAUAUUACAGAAACAAAAUAUUUUAGAUAGAUAUCGAUAUAUAGAUAAAUACAAGUAGCUGUUGAGUUAAGAUGGGAGAAAGCAGUAACAAUAAAAUUAUGGGGAAGUCAGGAUAUGCACAUUUCAGCAUUACAAGACCCAAUCAAAAGGUGUA